GCGAUCUAAACCGGGACGAAAUUUUCCCAUUUCUUUCUAAUUUUUUGAUCAAAUUUGUCCUAAUUGUUUCUAGUUCGGAUUGGAAACGAAUUGGGGCUUAGGGUUUGUCGAUUCUUCUUUGGGAUGAUCAUAAAGACCAUCACAUUGAUUCAUCCAAAAAGAAGCAUGAACAUAAGUUUGAUGCUGAUGCUGAGGAAAUGAUCAAGACUGUGAAACAUGCAAUGGAGAAUGGUGAAGGAUGCCGGGUUUAUGGGGUAUUAGAUGUUCAGAGGGUUGCUGGGAACUUCCAUAUCUCUAUUUUUGGAGGUGCAUCAAAUGUGAAUGUAAGUCAUGUCAUUCAUGAUUUGUCAUUUGGCCCAAAGUACCCAGGGAUUCAUAAUCCACUUGAUGGAACUACACGGAUCCUGCAAGAUGCGAGUGGAACAUUCAAAUACUACAUUAAGGUAAACUAUCACGACGUCUCUUAUAAUCUCCGGGUUAUGUGGACAGUGGAUCAUUAA